AUGGCAGCCGGGGGUCUCGUCAAGGAGUUCCGCAGUCAAGCCAAAUGCCCCGUCUGCCUCGAAUACUUCAAAAACCCAGUCACCAUUGACUGCGGGCACAAUUUCUGCCAAGCCUGCCUCGCCCAGCGCUGGGGGGAAUCGAACAAAGCCUCUUCCUGCCCUCAGUGCGGAGAAACGGUCCAGAGGAGGAACUUCAAGCCAAACCAGCCCCUGGCAAACCUUAUAGAAAUAAUCAAGGAGCACCAGGAGGGAGAACGAACAGGAGGAAAUCGGCCGAUGUGCGAGAGGCAUCGGGAACCCUUGAAGCUCUUCUGCAAGGACGAUGAAGCCCCCAUCUGCGUGGUGUGCGACAGGUCAAAGAGGCACCAAAAUCACAGCGUGCUUCCUGUGGAGGAGGCUUCCGAAGAGUUCAAGGAGAAGAUCCAGGCCCAGCUACUAUCUCUGGAGAAAGAGAGAGAGAAGCUCAAGGAACAGAAAAUAACUGAAGAGCAAAGAAGCCAGAAGUGCCUGACACAGUUAGAAGUGGAGAAGCAGAAGAUCCUGGCAACCUUUGAGCAAAUGCGCAAGUUUCUUGAGGAAAAGGAAAACCUUCUGCUAGCCCAGAUAACAGAUCUGGAGAAAGAGAUCAGGAAAAAACAGGAAGAAAAUCUCACCAGACUCUGUGAGGAGAUCCCACGUCUCAGCAAACUGCUCAUGGAGAUGGAAGAGAAGUGCCAGCAGCCAGAGAGUCAAUUCCUGCAGAACAUCGGAAGUACCGUGAGCAGGUUUGAGAAGGAACGAGUCGGGAAUGUGGUGGACCUUUGUCCUUGGCUAGAAGAGAUCCCUGGAAUUUACUCACAAAAGAAUUCUGCUUUAGAAAAGACUAUGGAAAAAUAUAAAGGGUCCCUGGAACAAGUGCUGAACAAAGUGAAUAUGACCCUGGAUCCAGGCACAGCCAAUCCCUACCUCGUCAUAUCUGAGGACCUGAAGAGUGUGAGGUGGGAAGGCAAAGAACAGGACCUGCCCGAGACCCCAGAGAGAUUUGACAAAGAGCGCUGUGUGUUGGGCCAUGAGGGAUUCUCUUCAGGACAACAUUGGUGGGAAGUGGAGGUGGUGGAGGAGGAAGAAGAAGGGGCGCUAUGGGCAGUAGGGGUCACACGAGAGUCUAUCCGGAGGAAAGGAUAUUUCAGCCUCAAUCCUAGUGAAGGGAUCUGGGCUGUGGGCAAGCCAUUCUUUUACUCCCUCUCUCUUCGGCAACUGGCCGCUUUUACUUCCCCUAAGCGGACGCCUUUGGACUUGAGACCUGAGCCUAGGAAAAUCCUGGUGUGCCUGGACUAUGAAGAAGGCUCUGUGAGAUUCUUUGAUGCAGAGACAGACCACUCGAUCUUCACUUUUUCUUCAGCUGUGUUCUCUGGGGAGAAGAUCUACCCCUAUUUUUGGGUGGGGAAGGGAGUCACGCUGAAAUGCUGA